CCUCCUCCGGUCUUUUCUCCUCCUUCUUUCCUCCUCCUCCGCCGCCACCGCCCCCCGCACCGCCCCCCAUGCUGUCGCUGUGCGCGGGCGCGGCUCGCAGGUCCAUUGGGCCACGGCUUGUGUUGAGAAUGACAUUAGGAGCAGAAAUUACUAGCCAGCUCAAGGCUUCUUCAUACAUAGCAUCAGGACGAAACCUUUUGAGAUGGGACCUGUCACCAGAGGAAAUUAGAAAAAGAACAGAAGAACUUAUCAGGAAGACAAAGCAUGUAUAUGACAGUGUCGGGAUGCUUGAAAUCGAAGAAGUAACACAUGAAAAUACUGUAAGGGCUUUGGCAGAUAUAGAAGUAGAAUAUGCAGUGGAAAGAAGCAUGUUGGAUUUUCCCCAGCACGUCUCCACUGACAAAGAGAUACGCUUAGCAAGUACAGAAGCUGACAAAAAACUGUCAAAUUUUGAUGUGGAGAUGAGCAUGAGAGAAGACGUGUUUCAGAAGAUUGUUUAUUUACAGCAAACCUGUGAUCUUGAAAAUGUAAAACCUGAAACAAAGCGAUAUCUAGAGAAGUCUAUUCAAGUGGGGAGAAGAAACGGACUCCAUCUUCCUAAAGAAGUGCAGAAAGAAAUAAAGGCAAUGAAGAAAAAAUUGAAUGAGCUGUGUAUAGACUUUAACAAAAACCUCAAUGAGGAAAACACAUUUCUUGUAUUUUCUAAGGAAGAACUUGAUGGCCUUCCUGAUGACUUUAUUAACAGUUUAGAGAAGACUGAGAAAGACAAAUAUAAGGUUACCUUAAAGUAUCCGCACUAUUUUCCUGUUAUGAAGAAGUGCUGCAUUUCAGAAACCAGAAGAAAAAUGGAAUUUGCCUUUAACUCGAGAUGCAAAGAGGAGAACACAAAAAUUCUGCAGCAGUUGCUCCCACUAAGGGCAAAAGUAGCAGAGCUUCUUGGUUAUAAUACACAUGCCAACUUUGUCCUGGAGGUAAACACUGCAAAGAGCACAGAUAACGUAACAACCUUUUUAGAUGAUUUGAGUAAAAAGCUGAAGCCUUUGGCUGAGGAAGAAAGACAAUUCAUUCUAGAUCUGAAGAAGAAGGAAUGUAAAGAAAGAAAUUUUGAGUAUGACGGAAGAAUCAAUGCGUGGGAUCUUCAUUAUUAUAUGAGCAAAACUGAAGAGCUGAAGUACUCCAUAGAUCAAGAAAAACUGAAGGAAUACUUCCCAAUUGAGGCUGUUACAGAAGGCUUACUGAAUAUUUACCAGAAGCUGCUGGGACUUGAAUUUGAGCAAAUAGAAAGUGCUCAUGUUUGGCACGACAGUGUUACUCUUUAUACAGUAAAGGAUAAAUCAACAGGAGAAAUGCUAGGGCAGUUCUAUUUGGAUCUUUACCCCAGAGAGGGAAAGUAUGGGCAUGCAGCCUGCUUUGGUCUACAGCCUGGCUGUCUUCUCUCUGAUGGCAGCAGAUUGAUGUCUGUAGCUGCUCUGGUAACCAACUUCACAAAGCCAACAUCAGAUCGUCCAUCAUUGCUGCGACAUGAUGAAGUGAAGACUUACUUCCAUGAAUUUGGUCACGUAAUGCAUCAGAUAUGUGCACAGACUGAUUUUGCAAGGUUUAGUGGAACUAAUGUGGAAACAGACUUUGUAGAGGUACCUUCACAAAUGUUUGAGAACUGGGUGUGGGAAAAAGAGCCACUACAACAGCUGUCAAGACAUUAUAAAGAUGCAACCCAUGUUGGAGACGCUCUUCUGGAGAAGCUUGCUGCCUCUAGACUUGCUAAUACAGGACAUCUAACCCUCCGUCAGAUUGUUCUGAGCAAAGUUGACCAGGCACUGCACACAGAGCUGUCUGUUGACCCAGCAGACGAAUAUGCUAAAUACUGUAUGGAGAUUCUAGGAAUUCCUGCCACCCCAGGAACAAACAUGCCGGCUACUUUUGGACAUUUGGCAGGUGGUUAUGAUGGUCAAUACUAUGGAUACCUGUGGAGUGAAGUGUUUUCCAUGGAUAUCUUUUAUAGCUGCUUUAAGCAAGAAGGAAUAAUGAAUCCAAAGGCUGGGAUGAAAUACAGAAACCUCAUUUUGAAACCUGGUGGAUCUUUGGAUGGAAUGGAUAUGCUACAAAAUUUCUUGAAGCGUAAACCAAGCCAAAGAGCUUUCCUGUUGAGUAAGGGAUUACAUGUUCAGUAAAGUUAUGAUUCUUUUGUAAUGGCAUUUAAGUAUGGACUGAACUGGAAACAUCAGUGUAUUUCACAUUUUAAUUAUGUAUAAUUCUAGGGAAACUGGGUCAUUUUUUGAUGAUUUUUUAAAAUUGUAUAAAUAAAAAUGUGACUUUUAAAACAAAAUUUCAUAGAACUACAAAAUUCAACACAUCAGGGAAAAAAAUUCUGAGAUGUGCAGAAGCUGAGGAAUUUGGAUGGUAAUUUUUUUAAACUGUUAUGAAAUAACAUGAAUUAAUACUAAUCAAUAUGAGGACUUAAUGCCAUGUUUCUCUUUUAAGACAUGCACUUAAAUUAUGUCUUGUGAACUAAUUUUAAAACUGAAGGGGAUAAAAAGAAUACAACCAGCAAUAAAGGAAACAGAUUCAUUCUUUAUUCUCUCUUGUAUUGAUGGCUCACUAGUGUCUCUGAUGGAUAGGAAGUGUUUGAUUUUGUCUUUGUUUGAAUUCAGUCCAGCUACCUGACAAAUUUGAAGUCUGAGAACCUGCCCCAGAUACCUUUACAGCAGAUAUGUUUUUGUCAUACUUUAGACCUAAUUCUGAAGCAUUGUACCAUUUAUAUACUUAUAUAGUAUAACUAAAAAGGGAAAAAUCAGCCAAAAUCUGUGGCUGAUUUUUCAGUUAUUCCACCACUCUUUUUGUUGAUGACCACAAAUCAGGUCUUCGUUUUCCAAAUUAUAUCAACACUGGCACUAAAAUAUUGUACUUGAGCAAUUAUAAUGGCUUCAGUUGGUUUCUUAAGUAUUUUGAGAUACAAAUAAGGAAGGAAGGAAAUAAAAUAUCCCUAAUGGGAAUGAUAAAAGCCAAUUAAAAGUUUUUCUGUUCCUUUCUGGUAUGGCAUGCAGAAAUGCUACAAAAAAGUGCAAUAGAUUUAAUAGUUUCAGCUAUAGGAGUGUAAAAGUAAUUGAGGUAUUAAUCUGCAGUUUUUAUGCAAAAUUAGGAAAAAAUUAGUCUUAGAAGCCAACUCUCCACCAUUCAAAUAAAGCUGUUAAUCUGA